CAUGACAUUCAUUUCACUGUACAAAGCCAUAACGAUUGGCGGUGCGUUCUUCCUGUAUGCCGGAAUUGCGAUGGUGUCGUGGAUUUUCUUUUACAUGAUCUUACCGGAGACUCAGGGGAAGACGUUGGAGGAGAUGGAGGGGCUGUUUGGGAAAUUCAAUUGGAGGGGAUCAAAAGGAAGGAAGGAAAAUAAGGAAGUUGAAGGCAACGUUGACGGUAACGAUCGGAUUCAGUGAGCAAAUCCAAAAGGGCAAAGCUCGGGGUAACGGUAGUUUAGUAAAUUUGUGUGCUUAGAAUUUUUAGAUCACAUAUUUAUCCUUAAAAAUUGCAGGAUGGAUGAGAAAAGAGUCAACUUUAGGGAAAGGAAAGGAAUGAAAAGGAAAUAAAAUAAAAAUCCUUUCUCACCUGUUAAGUCUCAUCUAUGGAAUUUACAUAUUGAAAAUUAUGUUUGAUAGUAAAAAAAUAAUAUAUAUAUAUAUAUAUAUAUUGCAAUUUAAACUAUGUUUAAUGUAGAGCACAAUAAAUUCAAUCAUUUGAA